AAAUGAAAAAUGAAAUAACUAUCGAAGACCUACAAAUUUUAAGGUCAAAACAUGUCCAUAUGAAAGAUGAGAACUUAGUUUUUAAAAAGAUUAACAAAAUUAUGCGCGAUGGAGCGAAUAAACUUCAAUUAAUAACCGAUUUUGAUUUAACUUUAACGAAACAACAUAAUAAUGGAUCUCCAAUUCUUAGCAGUUUUGGAAUUUUCCGAAAAUGCACACAAUUAUCCGAAGAAUUCAAAGAAAAAUCAAGAAUUUUAUAUCAAAAAUAUAGAGCGAUAGAAAUCAAUCCUGUCAUACCAGUAAAAGAAAAAGCUGAGUAUAUGAACGAGUGGAUGGUAGCAUAUCAUAAAAUGCUACAAGGUCUUGAAUUUGACAAAAAAGAAAUACAGGAUAUGGUGAACAUGUAUGGACUUUCACUACGUGAUCGGACAAAAGAGUUAUUUGUCAAUCUAAAAAAUCUUAAUGUUCCUAUUCUUGUAUUUAGUGCGGGACUUGGUGAUGUAGUUGAAGCUUCCCUGAGGCAUCAAAAUGUAUUACUUGAAAACGUUAAUGUGAUAUCAAAUUUUUUAGAAUUUCAAGGAAAGACUUUAAACGGUUUUAAAAAUUCACAUCGAAUAAUACACGUUUUUAAUAAAAAUGAACAUGCAAUUGAAAAUGAAUAUUUUAAAAUCUUGGAGGGUCGUUCAAAUGUAAUUUUGAUGGGUGAUACAAUAGGCGAUGCCUUAAUGGCAGAUGGUGUUGAAAACAUAGAAAUAGUCCUUAGGAUAGGAUUUUUAUAUGAGGAAGCAGAGAAAAGUUUGCCCUCAUUCAAGGAUGCUUUUGAUAUAGUUUUAGUAGAUGAUCAAACUAUGAAUAUAGUUUUGGAGAUUCUGAGUUCAAUUUUUUAAUGCAAUUUAUGUAUAUUUAUUUAAAACGUAGAAUCAUAAUCAUUCUAAAACCACGUUUGGAUCUUCUGUAUAGUUACAUUUCCACACAAUUUAUGUGCAUCUGUUUUAGUUAAUUAACAAAUUAAAAUUUAUUUUGGCAGACAAAGUAAUU